AUGACAGCAAUUAAGCAAAAUACGAAACGUUCCAAAUGGGCUUUGGAUUUCGCUCAUAAGUUCGUAAUUUUUCAAGUUAUAUUUUUAAUGUACACUGUAGUUUCUUUUAAUACAUUACUUUAUUUAAGUCUAAAAUUUGUUUAUAUUUAUAUAUCAUAUAAUUGGACACAUUUUAAAGUGUAAAGGAUAAAUAUGUUAAUGAAAUUUGUUGUAUUUUUAAAUAAUUUUACAUAAUUAAGUGGUUUAAAAAUAUAGAGGUUAUGAUACAAUAUUUUAAUCUAUCAUUUUAUUCUCUUAGUAAAUAAUUCAAGUUUUAAAAUAUUAUUAUUUUAAUUAAUUAUUAUUAUUAUUACACAUAGUAUUAGAAUAUUAACUUAAAAGAAUAUUGAAAAUGUCACAGUAAUAAUUUUUUUUUUAUACAUGAAUUGUCUAUUUUGUAUUAAUGUAGAUAUCAAUUUUGUGUCUGUUAGAGAAAAAGUUUUGAACAAAAUGAUAUAAUUUAGAAUAUAUAUUUUUGUAGAAAUAAGCAAGAAAAGAAUAUGGAUAUUGCUUCACCACCAGGUUAUACACCUGCUGUUGCUUUAUUUCAUGCUGUCGAUUCAAUUAGGGAAUCUGAUUCCAAUCAUUUGAUAAUUAAGAAAUCAUGGGAUUUAGCCCUAGGCCCUCUUAAACAAGUUCCAAUGAAUUUAUUUAUAAUGUACAUGGCUGGUAAUUCUAUAUCAAUAUUUCCCAUUAUGAUGGUUGGUAUGUUGAUAAUUAGACCAGUGAAAGCAUUAUUUAUUCUUCAGCAAACAUUCAAGGUAAUAGAAGGAACUCAUGCUUUUGGGCAGAAAUUUGUGUAUUUUCUGGGACAAUUGGUAAAUAUUGCAUUAGCAUUAUAUAAAUGUCAAUCAAUGGGAUUACUCCCAACACAUGCAUCUGAUUGGUUAGCGUUUGUAGAAUCACAAGCACGGUUGGAAUAUUCUAGUGGUGGAUUUAUAUAUGUAUGACAUACAAUUACUUAAAAAAUAUGUACAUUUUAAUGAAAAUAUUCAUUGUAAGUUUAGAUACAUGUUUAUGUACAAAUUAUAAAUACAUUCACUCACUAUGCAAAAUGUUUUAUUGAAAUCAAACCAAAAGAUUGUAUUACAUGUUUGUAUUACAUGAUUGUAUUAUAUACACAUAUAUAUGUACAACAAACUGCAUUGAAAUAUGUUUUUUAAAUAUAAUGAUAUUAAAUAAAUCAUUAUUAAUUAUUUCUUUUUGUAUUCAUCUGCAAUUUCCUUUAUACGUUCUAUUAUUUUACUAGGAUCAUCUACACGAGGUAUCUGAAAUAAAUUAACAUUUAAAUUUAUUAAAUGUCAAUCUUAUAUACACAAUUAAAAAGUCAUAUUACAUUUAAAGAAAUGGCAAUUUUGCAACAUACCUCGUAGUUUUGACUAAUAUAUAUACCAGUAUAAAUUCCAAUGCCUAAGGUUAUCUAAAAAAAAUAUUAUUGUACAUACAUUUUUAUUUGAUAACAAUACAAAACAUAAAAGAUAUUUAAAUAUACCAAAAAUUUAAACAUUUUUAAUUGAUUAUUAAAUACAAUAUUAAUGUAUAAAUAGUAUCUGUUUAGCUUUUUAGCCAACUUCUAAAAUCUAAACAGAUUUUAUACGAAGAUGAGAUCUUUUUUCUUAUUCUUAAUGAUAUUUUCGGUAAAUGUACAAUUUACGCAGACUCAUCCAUUUAUGAUAAAUAUUUUAUAUCUUGAUAGUAUUUAUAAUGUUUAUUAUAUGUAAAAGGUUAUUUACAAAAAUUAAAAGUUUGUAUUGUUCACAAGUCAAUAACAAAAUUACAAAAUUUUUCAUUAAAUUUCUUUAAAGUUUUUUACUUAAAUUCAGUUUCGUUAUUAUUCGUUAAAUACAAUAUCGUAAAAGUGACAUUUUCACUAAAAACUUGUAUUGUAGGAUAUGAUCAUGUAUAUGUAUAUACUUCCUUUUUGAUCAAUACUACAAAAUGCGGGAAUAUUUGAAUUAUCAUAAAUAAUUUUUAUUUUAGAAAUAUUAAUGUUUUAAUUGUUCUGAGAGUCAUAUCUAAUACAGCUAUGUUAUAAGUAUUUAGGUAAUUUAUGAAUGGUAAUAAAUGUUACCAUUCAUUUUUUUCAGAAAGAUUUCCUUAUUUUUAAUUUAAUUUGUUGUUUUUGAAUGAAUUUUAUUAUAUUUGUACUAAUAAAAUAAUUAACAAUUAAUAUAAUUAAUUAAUGUAAUUAAUAUAUUUAGUUUUACGUAUAGUACAUUUAUUUAUUUAAUUUAUUAGUUUAUAUAAAGGUUUAUAUAUACAUAUAAAAUUCAUUUCACUUUCCAAUUAUGUUAUUUUUAUAAUUGAAAUAUAAACAGUUUCUUUAAAUGUUAAAAAUACAAAAGUAAUAAAAAUAUUAAAAAAGUAUUAAAAAUAUUAGAAAUAUCAUAUUUAUUUAAAAAUUCUAUACAUUCAUUAUGAAUACAUUACAUUAACAAAAAAUAAUUAUUUCACGUAAUUCAUAGUUUAAAUAUGCAUACAAGUUAAAUAUUCUUAUAUUAUUUUAAAAUUGUUAUAAAUCUAUUGAAAUGUUACACGUACAAUACGAGCGUAGAAUAUUUUUAUUUCAUUCAUAACGUGUUAUUAACACUUACAAUUAGACAAGAGCACAUUAAUGUAGCGGAAAUAAUUGCAAGAGAAAGCAGGACAGAUCUAAUUGUAAGAUUUUAAAUAUAUAAUAUGUACGUAUAUAUACACACGUAUAUACACAUAUUUUAUAUGUGUCGAGCUAAACAUUUAGAUCAUUUCAUAGAUCAUUAAUGUUAUAUUUUUAAUUUUAAUUAAUAUAGUGGUAACAAUUCAUUAAUUUAAUGUUGGCAAAAGUAUUUUAUAUAAUAAAUAUGAAGAUGUGAAUUUUUGAAUUAUUCUUAUGUUAAUAUAGUAAUUAUUAGAAUUUAUAGUUCGAUUGAAAAUUUGUUAUACAAAAAUUGUAUCAAAACUCUAAUUUUCUAGUUAACUAAUUAAAAUUCAUUAGUGUUUUUAAAACAUUGUUUUAUACAUCGAACUUUUUCCAAUAUUUUUUCUCUUUUAUAAUAAGUCAUUUAAAUUACUCCUUCAAAUUACUGAAUACUGAAUAUGACGCAACUCAGAACAUUCUAGAGCAUGAUUGAUGUAUUUGUUUCACAGUUAAUGCUUAAGAAUUUAUAUUUAUUUAAGAUGAUUGUUCUUAUGCUCAAAUUGCCCGAUUCUUUCUUAGAGAAACAUCUAAAGAGAAAAUAAUUUUAUUAUAUACAUAUUUGGUAAGUUGACAUAUCGCUACUUCAAACUAUUUACAUCAUAACCAAAUCAUUAUCUUAAUAUCAUUUUUCAAGUAGAUCAAAAGUAUAAAGUGA